UUCAUUCUGUGGGAGGCGGGCUGUCCUAUGGCUGCGGUCAACAUCUGGAAGAAGUUACUCACGCUGUUGCUUACCUUGGAAAGUAUACCGGAGUACAACUGCAAUUUCAAAAUGUCUUUUGUAAAAAUUGACGAAAAGUCCGACUUCUCCUAUCACAAUUUACCAUAUGGCGUGUUCUCGACACCGGAAAAUCCCAGGCACCGGAUUGGGGUUGCGAUUGGCGAUCAGAUUUUGGAUUUGAGCGUUAUAAAAUCACUCUUCAGAGGCCCUGUGCUCUCCAAUCACCAGGAUGUGUUUGACCAGCCGACCCUGAAUGCGUUCAUGGGUCUGGGGUACGAGGCAUGGAGGGAGGCCAGGAGGAGUCUACAGCAGCUGCUGUCUGCCAACGAGACCACGCUCAGAGACGACGUCAGCCUCAGGAGCAGAGCGUUCUUCCAUAAGAGUUCAGCCAUCAUGCAUCUGCCUGCUGAGAUAGGUGACUACACUGACUUCUACUCAUCCAGGGACCAUGCCACCAAUGUUGGCAUUAUGUUCCGAGGGAAGGAGAAUGCCCUGAUGCCCAACUGGUUGAGGCUGCCCGUGGGGUAUCAUGGCAGGGCCUCUUCCAUAGUGGUGUCUGGGACCCCCAUACGCAGACCCUCUGGACAGAUGAGACCCGACCAAUCUAAGCCUCCUGUGUUUGGCCAGUCCAAGCAGCUGGACAUUGAGCUGGAGAUGGCAUUCUUUGUAGGUGGAGGUAAUCGUCUUGGUGAGCCCAUUCCCAUACAGAGAGCCCACCAACAUAUCUUUGGCAUGGUGCUAAUGAAUGACUGGAGUGCCAGGGAUAUCCAGGCGUGGGAGUACGUUCCUCUGGGUCCGUUUCUGGGGAAGAACUUUGGGACAACCAUCUCACCCUGGGUGGUUCCUAUGGAGGCCCUGCUGCCCUUCGCUGAGCCCAACACUGUCCAGGAUCCAAAGCCCCUCCCUUAUCUAUGCCAUGACGAUGCCUUCACCUUCAACAUUAACUUAUUUGUGUCAGUGAAAGGAGAGGCAAUGAAGGAAGCAGCCACUAUAUGCAAGUCCAACUUCAAGUAUAUGUACUGGACUAUGAAGCAACAGUUAGCCCAUCACACAGUCAACGGCUGUAACGUCAGACCUGGGGACCUGCUGGCCUCAGGAACCAUCAGUGGACCGGAUCCAGACAGUUUUGGUUCUAUGUUGGAGUUGUCGUGGAAGGGUUCUAAGACCGUGGACCUGGGAGAAGGAGAGACAAGAACCUUCCUAAAAGAUGGAGACGAGGUCACUCUUACAGGUUACUGUGAGGGGAGUGGGUAUAGGGUGGGUUUCGGACCGUGUGUGGGGACCAUUCUACCAGCCCUUUAACCCUGAGAAUCAUCCACCCUCAAUGUCUCUUCCAUCCUGGGGGGAGUAAUGUUGUUACUGAAGUCCUUUAAAAGGGAAAAUCCGGGAUUUUAAAUACAACAAAUCAGUUGGAUGAAUGUACGUACCAAUCCAGGAUUGACCCUUUAAAUGUUCAUUUGAAUUGAGGAUUCUUGUUUAUCAUUCUAAAGUAUUGUUGCCAGAAGCAGUGUUAUAUUCCAUAAUGUUGUAACUAUGUGGAUUGGGACCUGACAUCUAAAAAACUAUAAAUGUUUCAACCCUC